CAUUAUUCAAGGUCUAGCAGAUCUUCAACCAAGUUUGUAAUUCACAUUUCACUCUGAAUCUUUUUCUACUUUCUUUUUCAUCAUUAUACCUUCCUGUCUACGUGAAGGAAUAGAACAAAUCCAUGUCUGCUUUGCAAACUUUAUUUGAACUUUUUUUUUUUCAUGAUAGAAUAUAAUUUUUUCCCCAUUCAAAGUUCCUCUUGUCAGAUUCAACUUCAGUGGAAAUUUCUCUAUAUUUUCCAGCGAUCUCUCUAAACUGAUCAAGACCCCCCUUCCAAAAUGCAGAUUCUCAUAUGGGUUUCUAGGGUUCUGCUUAUUUGCUCCAUACUAGGAGUGUUUCCCUUUUCUCUAGCUCAAACUACCUCACAAGCACCAGCAGUCUGCUCAGAGGCAGAUAGAGCUGCUCUUCUUGGUUUCAAAGCCAAAAUCGUGAAGGACACUACGGAUAGUCUCUCUUCAUGGAUAGGAAGAGACUGCUGUGGAGGAGAUUGGGAAGGUGUUCAGUGUAAUUCAGCAGGAAGGGUCAAUACAUUGGCGCUGCAAAGGCCAGAAAGGGACAGUAGCCUCUAUAUGAAGGGUACUUUGUCUCCUUCUCUGGGAAGCCUGCAAUUUUUGGAGGUGUUGGUGAUAAGUGGGAUGAAGCUUAUUACGGGUCCAAUCCCUGAGAACUUUUCCAAUCUAACCCGUCUCACGCAAUUGGUCCUGGAAGACAAUUCCCUUCAAGGGAACAUUCCUUCAGGUUUAGGUCGUUUAUCCUUUCUCCAAACACUCUCAUUGGCUGGAAACCGUUUCAGGGGGGUAGUUCCUCCAAGCUUAGGGAAUUUGAGAAAACUUGUCCUGAUGAAUUUAGGAAGAAAUUCCUUGACAGGUCCAAUUCCUUCUAGUUUCAAAACUCUUCUUUGUUUGCAGUCUUUUGAUCUCAGCUUCAAUUUAUUGUCAGGUUUUAUCCCUGAAUUUGUAGGACAGUUUCGAAACAUUACCUUUAUUGACCUCUCCAAUAAUCAAUUAUCAGGUCAGAUACCCGUUUCCAUGUUCAACUUGGUCACUCUGUCAGACCUGUCAUUGAGCCACAACCAGCUCACAGGAAUUAUCCCAGACCAGAUUGGAAACCUUAAAUCUCUCGCUAGUGUUUCACUGAGUCACAACAAGUUUAUAGGUCAUAUUCCACCAUCUAUUUCAAGAUUACAGAACCUUUGGUCCCUUAAUUUAUCAAGAAAUUGGUUCUCAGAUCCCUUGCCAGAUAUUUCUAGCAGGGGUAUUCCGUCACUUUUGUCAAUAGACCUGUCCUUCAACAAUCUCAGUUUGGGGACAGUUCCAAACUGGAUCAAGGACAAACAACUUUCAGAUGUAAAUCUAGCUGGCUGUAAACUGAGAGGAGCCCUCCCAAAGUUUACAAGACCUGAUUCACUGAGCUCCAUUGACCUGUCCAAUAACUUCCUUACUGGAAGCAUUUCCACUUUCUUUACAAAUAUGACAAAUCUGCAGAACCUGAAGCUUUCAAAUAACCAAAUGAAGUUUGAUCUUUGCGAACUCAUAGUGCCAGAUGGGAUUUCCUCUAUUGAUCUCCAUUCAAAUCAGGUAUUCGGGUCUCUCUCAAGCAUUUUAAAUAACAGAACAAGCAGCUUUUUGGAGGCCAUAGAUGUGUCAAAUAAUCUCAUUUCUGGAACAAUACCAGAAUUUACUGAAGGCUUGAGUUUGAAGGUUCUGAAUAUAGGAAGCAACAAGAUUGCAGGCCAUAUCCCCAGUUCAAUCUCAAAUCUCAUUGAACUUGAAAGGCUGGUUAUUUCAAGGAACCAGAUAACUGACACCAUUCCCACAAGUUUAGGACAAUUGGUGAAACUUCAAUGGCUUGACCUUUCCAUCAACAAGCUCACUGGAAAAAUCCCAACUAGCUUAUUGGGUAUUAGGUCUCUGAGACAUGCAAGUUUCAGGGCAAACAGACUAUGUGGAGAGAUUCCACAAGGGCGACCUUAUAACAUCUUCCCCGCUUCUGCUUAUGCUCACAAUCUCUGCCUAUGCGGCAAACCCAUGCCGCCUUGUAGGGGAAAGAAGCAAGAAAUGGGCCAGUGAAAUGCUGACUCAAUUUGCCCAAAUUCACGGCCUAAUGAGAAUUCUCAAAUGCCAGAAAGAGACAACUCAUGUUUUACAGUGGUAGUUCAUUUUUUUUUUUCCUUACUAGUGUUCUAGCUCAAUUUAUUAAUAACAACGAUUAUGGAACAAACAUUGUUUCAAUAUACAGCAUUGAU